ACCCUACUUUUAAUUUUCAAACAAAGCCUAGACAUUGUCAAGCCCUUUUCUUGUCUGCUUAAGAACAUGACAACUUAGGAAAAAUAACAAAAAGGAAAACUGGGGAUUCUCUUCAAAUAGUUAUUACCAGCUUUACUCCAUAAUAUAAGACCGCAAAGCUUCACACUUUUUUCUCUCAUACAUUAAGAAAAAUUUAAGGAAAAACCCAUAUCAAAUUUCUGAGUUUUUUUUUUUUUUUUUACUUCCAUUCUGCCUCAAAGCAGGCAUGGUUUUAGCCUUAUGGAUGGACCUUUCAUCCACCGAGAGCAAAUAGGCUCAACCCAACAACAAGAUUACCAGUUCAAGCUUUGUUUGCCUGUACCAAAGCUAAAAGCUAGUAGCUUUUGGGUUCCAAAAUCUGUUAAAAGCUUGUGCUACAGAGCUAUAGAGCCAAAUGUGUGUUGCUUAGAGAGAUUAGAUUAUGGUGGUACAAUAGUUAACAACUCUGCUGUUCGUGAUUCACCUGGUGUUCUUGAAGAAAAGAGAGCUGACAUGGAGGGUUUGGUUGAGAAGAAAGAAAGGAUUGAAGAGAAGAUUAAAAGCUUUGGUGAAAAUGGGGUUCAAAUGGGGACCUUUGCUGUGUUACUUGAAGACAAGGGUCGUGAAAGUAGCUCAAGUUCUGAUCUUUUCACAUCAGAAACAACAGUGCAUGAGGAGGAACACAGUCACAGUAGUUCUGAGGAAGACUUAUAUUCACCACCUUCAUUGGAUUGGCAUGGGCACGAAAUUGCUGAAACAGAAGACAGCAGCAUCUGUAGUAGUUUUAGUGAAGAUAGAAAGAAACCCCCCAUGGAUGAUAGGAAAUUGGAGAAACAAGGUUCCACGGUUUCAGAGAUUGAGUUGAUGAAGGAAAGAUUUGCAAAAUUGUUGCUUGCUGAAGAUAUGUCUGGGUGUGGAAAUGGUGUUUGCACUGCCUUGGCUAUUUCAAAUGCCAUCACCAAUCUUUGUGCCACCUUAUUUGGGCAAAUAUGGAGGCUAGAACCAGUACCGCUUGAGAAGAAAGCAAAGUGGCAAAGAGAGAUGGAAUGGUUUCUUUCUGUUAGUGAUCACAUUGUUGAGUUGAUACCGUCGUGGCAGACAUUCCCAGAUGGAAGCAAGCUUGAGGUCAUGACGUGCAGGCCCCGGUCGGAUCUUUAUGUUAAUCUCCCAGCUUUAAGAAAAUUGGACAACAUGCUUCUUGAGAUAUUAGAUAGUUUUGUUGAUACAGAGUUCUGGUAUGUUGACCAUGGGAUUCUAGCUCAGGAGGCUGCUGGAUCAACCCCAUUUCGGAAAGCCCUUCAGCGUCAAGAGGAAAAAUGGUGGCUUCCAGUGCCUCGAGUGCCCGCAGGAGGCCUCGAUGAAAAUUCAAGGAAGCAAUUGCAGCAUAGACGUGACUGUGCGAACCAGAUCCUAAAAGCUGCCAUGGCUAUCAACAACAUUACUCUUGCUGAUAUGGAAGUCCCUGAAUCAUAUUUUGAGUCUCUUCCAAAGAAUGGCCGAGCAAGCUUAGGAGAUCUCAUUUAUCGCUAUGUUUCAUCUGAUCUGUUUACUCCUGAAUGUCUUCUUGAUUGCCUUGAUUUGUCCUCCGAGCAUCAAGCUAUAGAUAUCGCCAACCGAGUGGAGGCCUCAAUAUAUCUGUGGCGCAGAAAGACCAAUCCCAAACCUGUCAACAACACAUCCCGCUCUAGUUCAAAGUCGUCAUGGGACAUGGUUAAGGAUCUAAUGGUUGAUGCUGAAAAGAGAGAAAUACUUGCAGAUAGAGCUGAAAGCCUCCUGCUUUGCUUGAAGCAGCGGUACCCCGAUCUUCCCCAGACCACUUUAGAUAUGAGCAAGAUUCAGUACAACAAGGAUAUUGGGAAAUCCAUUUUGGAAAGCUACUCUAGAGUUUUAGAGAGCCUGGCAUUUAACAUUGUGGCUCGUAUCGAUGAUCUGCUUUAUGUUAAUGAUUUGACCAAGCAUUCAGACCAAUUCUCUUCGCCGACCAGAGUUGGUGUAAUCAGUUGGAAGAGUCUUUCGAUUCCUUACUCAGUGCCCUUCUCGAGCACUCCUUAUAGAACUGCAUUUACAACUCCAAAUUUUUCACCAGCACAUCUAGUUAGCCCCGUCAAGGGAGAAAGUUCACCAUUAUUCUCAAGCAACAAAAUCCCACACCAUGGGAUGGGUGUGAAAAAGGUCUUGUUGACUGACUAUCUUGGUAUUGAUUUAAGAGACAAGGAACACAGUAGUCCAAAUGAAGGAACUGAAUCAGGUUCAACUUCAAGUAUAGCUAGAGAAUCGAGGGUAUCGUUUGAGGGUCUAAAAGAGGCUGUGAGCCUACCAAAGCCCGAGCCAGCCCCAGAGAAUGAACCCUGAUGUUGCACACCAUGAACCAUUUCCUUGAGACGGCAAUCUUUCACCUCUUUCUAUAAUUAUAGUUCUUUUAUAAAAUUUGGUAGCAAUAGGAAGAUGUUUGAGAAUGAUGAACAGUAAUCACCCUGUUAUUUGUUCUGUAUCCUAAAUGCAACCAACGCUGAUGAAUGUAAUUCAACCAGUUGUCCCAAUAGAAGAGUUUUUUUAUA